AGCAGUUCAACCAUAAAGAUUAUUUGAGUGGCACAUACAACUCAAUUACCAUUAUGCAAGACCUAUAUUUCGCACGACAAUGUUUGUUAAUCUACGAAACAAACAGCUUAGCUUCGACGAUUAACAGAUUUACAAUAUUGUUUGCAAUGGUCCAGACAUCUAACUAGUUUCUUUGUUUGCGAGUCUGUUGUAAAUAGUAGCACACAAAUUGGACUUUGACUCAUUGAUCUAUGUCGAGUUGCUAUUCGCUUACCAAGCAGUUAAAUACUAUCAAACUUUUUGCGGCGAUUGCCACAUUCCACAUCAUAACAGUCAGUUCGCUGCGGUAUAGCCAACAACAUAUCCUAAAUGGAAAAACACGGAAAGCCAUUUCGUUCACGAUCAUUCAGUUUUGGUUCACUGCGCACAAAAAGGCCCGGAAGUAUCGAAAGAAACCAGCUUCUAGAUGUCGUGACAUCAGUUCCAUUUAACAACAUGGAUGCGCGGGACACAAGCGCACCACGCAGGAAGAAUUCAUUUUGUGAGCGAUGGAAUAAGACGAUGCCAUAUCACGAAAUUAAAGCUUACAACAAACAUAUAGAGAUGAAACAGACCUAUUUGCCUGGCAGAAGCGUCUGUCGAUAUAUUUGCAACAUUUUAAGAUUCGUUGCCACAAUAUUGAUUUCUGUUGCCUUUGCAUUACAUCUCCAAUAUCACUGGCAAAUGGGAAAUUAUGCGGUAGAAAUUAUUGUUGUCAGUACCACAGGAAUAACAUCGUUCACGUUUGUCGUGAUUUUAUAUAUUUUCUUUGGCUUGAAAGCAUUUUCUCGAAGUAUUGUUCAUUUCUGGAUCAGUCUGAUGUAUGGGAUUCUAUUCAUUCAGCAGACACAUUUAAAACUUCUGAAUAAAGCAAUUUUGAUUUGUGUACUUUUCAGCACAGCUAUAAGAUGCUUUUGUUCGUUGGCAGAAAGAGUAUUCAAACUGACAAUGCACAGAUCCCAAUUUCUUUCAAAAACAGAACUUUGUGAUUUAGUUGCUUUUGGAAGCACUUGUUUUCUUCUACCUCCUCAAAAAUGCUUGGAUUUAAUACUGGAGAUAGGAACUUUGGGAUUCAUUGUGAUGCAUCUGCGGAUGAAGUCUCCACUUUGUAUAGUCACAGUUCUUAUUUACGGAAUCGUAACUGGAAUUUCCGUUCUUGGCAAUCUUGGAGUGAUAACAAACAAAUAUGCUUUCAUAUGUUUUGUUGUAAGAAUGUUAUGGGACCCUAUGUUGGAUCUAUUUUUCUCCAAGCUCCAACCACUUACACGAUGGAAAUGUUUCUUCAACAUACGACGGGUAUGGAUUUGCUUGUUCUUCUUUUUUCUGCUGAUAGUUGAAAUCGUGUUUCUCCUUGUUGCACUCCAGGCGAUAACAAUGCACGCCAAAUACGAGUGGCCUGUAUUUCUUCCAUUUGUUGUUAUUUCUACCCUGUCCUGGCUGGCAAUGCACUCAACUUACUUUACGAUGCAGGUGCCAUUUCUUAAUAGAGUCUCGAGAUGUCAACGAUUAUUGGAAAACUCAAAAUUUGAAGAAAAAACUCUGUACCAAGUUUUAUCAAGUCAAGGUGUAAAGUUUCUUUGUGGAACUUGUCAUGGCGUUACAUCAGGAUGUGUAUUCGGCACUGGAAUAUUGGGAACAGUUUGUUGGAGAAGAAAUGAUGGAACAUAUCCAGCACUAUUUCUCUUUUUGUUAACGAUCGAAUCUUUGUCAUUAGCGCUGUUUGCACAUCUGGCAACCUAUCUACGUGGAACUUCUUAUGGAUAUGGCAUAGUAGCUUCAUCGGACAACCAUUCGAGAAACAAGCUUAGCCUGACCCUACCAUCAAGUUCUACCGAGGUACAGACGAUGUCCGCAAGUCGUAUGAUGAAUGCCAUUCAGCACUUUUUCCGAGAUCAACUCAUUGAUAGUCUUGGAUGUGAUUGUUGGUCACGUGGAGCAAAGUUAACUCUGUCAUCUGUUGAAACUAAACUUGCACUUCUUUUCUCAAAACGAACUUCCCGUGACGAAGUUCCGUACGAUAACUACGUUAUUUACUUUAAUGGAAUCGCUGAUGAAAAUGGAUCAUGGAUAUUAGCAGAUGGAGGUAGAUUAUCUCUGGACCGACUUCUUCAAAUAUGGAAUGAUCGACCAGGCGCUGAUAGUCUUGAGAGAAAAUCAAGUCGAAUGAUCCUUAUAUCAGACGCUUCAAAUUCGAAAGCUUGGAUUGAUUCAAUAAAGCGAUCAAAAGUCUCCAUUGUUUUCCAAUGUAGCACAUAUGCAUGCGAUGAAGGCUUUAAAACCAAUAUGAUUUCUGAAGAAGCUUGGGCCAAGCGUGGUGAUUUUACCUUACUAUGGACAGCAUUUCUGAAAUCAUUGCAAAAUUUAAAAAACGAAGAAUCGCACGAAACUUUAACACAGAACUUCAUUCGUGAAGUAGAAGGGCAAGGAAUUCGAAUAAGAUACACGUUAUCUAAAGAUUAUAUAACAUCUACUUUAUCUCCACCAAGCGGUAACUUUUCUAGUCACGGAUGCUUGCUAUGCUGUCUUCCGACGGUUCUAUUUACGUCUUUUGUGUCGAAACAUUUAUUUUGGUUUAUGGGUUUUGGACCUUUGAAACUUUUAUGCUUUCAUAUAAAUAAUCAGUGCUUCAGGCAGAAGAUGCAUGACGUCGGACAAUUUCUAAUUUUAAUAAAUUCUAAAUAAAAUUG